CUUUCGAACGAAAUCGGUCCAAAUUGUUCGUUGGUUGUGUAAAACUCUAGCAGCAGUGAUCUUUUGGUGUUGUGAUAAAUUAUUUUCUGGUUUCGAGAAUUGUCUAAGUAUCAAGCGAUCGCCACACCUGUGAACUGGUCCUGAAAAAUCCAACUCCUGCGACGAUGUAUCUGUUGAACGAAACUGACGCGGCCAUCUUUCCGAAGGCUCGGACCGGUGAAAUGCCCAAGUUGCUGGGUUGGAAUCUUCCGCCGGAGCAGCAGCACCUGGUGCACGAUCACUGGAAGGAUUUCCCUGCCCCACCGUACUACAUGCACCUACUGAUGGCAAUGGUCUAUUUCGUGCUGAUGAACACAUCUCUGAUCGGAAAUGGAAUCGUUGUAUGGAUUUUCACCACUUCAAAAUCGCUACGCAGCGGAUCGAACAUGUUCAUAGUUAACCUCGCCAUUUUCGAUUUACUGAUGAUGUGUGAAAUGCCGAUGUUCCUGGUGAACUCCUUCGCUGGCCGAUUGGUUGGUUACGAGACGGGAUGUGCUAUCUACGCGGCUCUAGGCAGCCUCUCGGGGAUCGGAGGAUCCAUCACAAACGCAGUCAUUGCAUAUGACCGUUAUCGAACUAUUUCGAAUCCAUUGGAUGGCCGAUUGAACCGGGUACAGGCGGCACUUUUUGUCCUUCUCACCUGGAUGUGGGCAAUGCCGUUCACGUUGCUGCCACUGUUCAAAAUUUGGGGCCGAUAUAUUCCAGAGGGCUACCUAACGACCUGUUCUUUCGACUACCUAACCGACGAUUCCGACACUCGCGUCUUUGUCGGUUGUAUCUUCACCUGGGCCUACGUUAUUCCAAUGCUGUUUAUCUGCUACUUCUACGCACGUCUGUUCGGCCACGUGAGUCAGCACGAGACCAUGCUGAAAAACCAAGCUCGAAAGAUGAACGUUGCAUCGUUAGCAGCUAACCGCAACGAGAACGCUCAGUCAGUGGAGAUUCGUAUAGCCAAGGCUGCCUUCACCAUUUUCUUCCUGUUCGUCUGCGCUUGGACACCGUAUGCGAUUGUCGCGAUGAUCGGUGCCUUUGGGGACAGAACAAUGCUGACACCAUUCUUCACCAUGCUUCCGGCAGUAUGCUGCAAAAUCGUAUCCUGCUUAGACCCGUGGGUGUACGCCAUCAGUCAUCCUAAAUACCGCCAGGAACUGGAGCGCCGGCUACCAUGGCUGGGUAUCAAGGAAUCUGCGGACAAUAUCAGUACGACGGACAGCAAACAAACGGUCGUUUCGGAACCCUCCCAGGCAGACAAUGAAAACGAAUAAAGAGAACAAUUUAUCGACAAAUACCAAAUGCUAUCGUUGCAUCAAUUUAAAGGCUAUCUGGAUUUGACCUCUGGCAAUGUUGAAGGAAUGAUGAUUAACGGAAUAAUUAACUCGUAAGUUGUAGGUGUUAUUCGAAACAAUUUAGAAAACCAUCGAAAAUAAACCAAGAGAGCUGCAUGUU